AUGACAAACAUAGGAAACCUUACUAGUUUUAAACAUAAUGACUCCAACUCGGAAUUCAAGGCAGUAUUUGGACCUGACUAUCAUCGAACGGUUCGAAUUGUCAUCAUCGCUGCAAUGAUUGCUGUCUCCCUAACAGGAAACCUUGUGGUUUGUUGGAGACUUCUCGUCUCUCAACGGGGUCGUCACUCAAAACCCAAGGUGCUGUUCCUUAAUCUCGCUAUAGCGGAUCUACUGGUUACCAUGGUAACCAUGACAGCUCAGGUAGUGUGGGAAGUGAUGGGUAGAUUAUGGAUAGCAGGGGAUAUUUUUUGUCGCUUUUUUAAACUGCUCCAGACAUUCGCUCUCGUGUCAUCUACGUAUAUGUUGGUCAGUAUUGCGCUGGAUCGCUAUUACGUCAUAGUAUAUCCUCUAAGCCCGUGCGUUUCCUCUUGGAAGCUUGCUUUGAUUGCUUGGUCUACUUCUCUUAUUCCUUCAAUUCCAAAUCUUUAUAUUUUUCGUGAAAUUGAAGUAGACAAAAACCAGAGUUUUUGCAGCUCCCUCUUUUAUACCGGGAAAUAUCCUCGCUAUCAUCGCCAAAUAUAUAUGGCUUUUAUUUUUUUAACAGUAUUCAUCAUUCCUUUUUGCCUUCUGGUUGCGCUGUACUCACGCAUCUUAUUGGAAAUAUGGCACCAGUCUUCAGCCGUGAAAAACCGCCAGCAGACAGGAUCGUCCCUUCCUCGUGCAAAAGUGAAAACACUGAAGAUGACUAUGGCAAUUUUCGUCGCCUUCAUGAUUACAAAUUUACCGUACGUCAUCCAAGAGAUGGUUCUGGCCUUUGGGAACCCAAAGGCCUUGGAUGUAAAUAUGGUGGCGCUGUUUGGUGUUAUUUCAGCCAGUAAUAGCGCCAUCAAUCCUUGUAUAUAUUUGGUGUUCCAGUCCCAAUCAAAUGCAUGGAAUCGUUUCAGUUCUUGUUUAACAACAAUGAAGAACAGAAGUUUGUUAAGAAUCCGAUCCUGGCGGACAAGGUUUUCAUACAGAACCACAUCAUUUACAAGCUUUCGUCAGAACACUCAUAAUUUUACGCAUGCGUUCGAUGUUCCUCCUAUCGCAGACCCCGAGACAAUACAGCUUACUAUUAUCGCACAUAAUAAUCCGUUGAUAAGGUGA